AUGUUGCAAAACGAAGAAUCCAAAACUCUCGGAUAUUCCAAGGCUAUUGGAAUCCAGUCAACAUCAUCCUCAGGAUUACCCAAAUGGCGGCAAUCACCGAUUGAUUUAACCAAAAUAGCCAUCUGGACCAAAAAAUUUCCACCAUUAUUGUUAACUAAUUAUUGGUUAAAUAAGGGUACAGCUACAAUGACUAAUACAGGAAGAACAGUCACCAUUGAAUUUCCAAACAGAAAUGUGAUGCCUUACAUGCGAGGUGGUCCUUUGGGCAACGACGAGUUUCAAUUUAUGAACGUGCAAUUCCGCUGGGGUCCUGACAAUUCCUAUGGUUCUGAACACACCAUAGAUGGCAUUUGGUUAGGAAACAGGGAAAUUAAAUAAAAUUAUGGAAACACUUGUAAAUCUUGGUACAGGUAUUCCAUGGAGGCACAGAUAAUGCACUGGAACACUCGUUAUGGUUCAAUCGAGAAAUGCUAUGAUAAACCAAAUGGAAUCGCGAUACUCUCGUAUCCUAUGCAAGUCGUUGGAUGCCCUGGAAUCCCUGAUAACCCUUCCCUUACACCAAUUACAGACCACUUGCAGAAAAUCAAGAGACCUGGGACCAACACUGAAAUCCCAGCUGGAUGUUUGCCAUGGAUGUUAGAUGCAUGUAUGGGUCACGGUUAUUAUACUUAUCCAGGUUCAUUAACAACUCAUCCAUACCACGAAUGUGUGGCUUGGAUUAUUACACCCACUGUAACGAAAAUAGCAACUCGCCAGAUUGAUGCAUUUAGAAGCCUGUAUAACGGUACAUUACAGCAUAUAUUGCAGAAUUGCCGACAGCAACAACCUCUUCGUAGAAGAAUAAUCUAUUUCGCUACUGACAAAGCUGUAGCAUGA